GCAGAUUGCUUGAUCGAGCAUUACUUCAGAGACAAAGGCGUGCAUAUCGCAUUCACUGCGUGUUGAGUGGUCUGCAGCAGGACUUUUGGUGGAAGACUGCCAUGUCAGGUGCCUUGGCUGCCAUCAGGCGGACCCUCACCCAAGCUCCCAAGUUGUCGAGGAGCUUGCAAACCGGCAGAACGCUGCGAGGAGGGCACCACGAUGAGCCCCACUACGUCCAUGCAGAGCACAUGUACGAAGCCUGGAACAUCAAGAACGCAAAGUUGAAGUGGGGAGUUGCAACCAGCGUCUUUGUUGUGGCUGGCUUUGGUCUUCCGGUGGUUGCAAUCCAGUUCUCAAAGUCAAAGACCCAGUCAUAGGCGCAGCCAGCAAUCCCUUGUGAGCCUCAGCACUCUGUUGUUCUUGCUCAGCACUGGCAGAGACCAGCACGCACGCAUGUGUGCAGACAGACUCAGCUCUUGUCUGGGGUGAUCACUUCUUUCACUGGAUGGCUCCCUAGCAUGCUGCACUCGAAGGAACAAUUCUGCAAGCUUUCUGGCAUUAGGUGUGGCCUCAGUUUAUGGUCAUUGCUGUGUGCAUAUUGCAAAUCCGGGCGGGAGUACCACUGCAGUACAGUUAGCACCCUCACAUACCAUGUGAGACCCUUCUGAACAAAUAGAAGAGUGUGGCCGUGCACUGCGUUGUGCAGACGUGUGGCGGGUCAUGCAUUUUUAUGACGUCAAGGCCGACCUGAAGUCAAAGAGCGUGUAUGGCUGGCAUCGCAGCAAAUUAGAACUGGAAGGGCACUGAUUGGUAGAUUAUGACAGCCUCAAGCAGAGCUUGAUGGGCUUAUAUGGCCCUUGUAACAUUGGCCGUCAUGCAUCUCCAAAGGGCGGUUGGUGUGAAACGCUUACAGAAGGAGCAGGCAAUCGAAAAGCUGUAAGGUCCAGCGGGCAUUGAAAUUGUUGGAGCUUGCAUUACAUUUCAAUGCCUGAGCGUGACGAGAGUGUCACCGUCACACAAUUGUAUCUGGAUCGAAAAAAUAGUUGAUGCUUCCAUCAGAUAAAUACCGUACAUCAAUCACACUGGCAUCCGCAUGCGAGCAAACUUGCUUUGAGGCACAGAGAUCUGUGCAGCCCUAGAGCUCACGAAUCGUAGCAUAUCUUGUCCACAGCAUAUCUUUCUCUGAAACUAUUGAAGAAUAAGGAUUAAUGCGGCAUACAUUGUCUGUAUGAUGUAGCCAAAACAAGAUAAAGCCCGUUCCUUUCUUACGUAUCGCACAUUUGUCCUCACCAUAGAUAGAAUGUACAAUAUUAUAAUCACUCAGCGGUUGUCACACACUCGAGCUUGUGCCAGCCUGUGUGCUGCCACAAGAAGCAAUGGGAGCAGUUGCAAACUAUUACUGCAAUCUUGCAGCAUGCAGGAGCACAACCAUGCAUUUGCAUGUCCGACUCGAGAAGCUUUCACAAAUUGAGCUGCACAUCUCUUGCAGGUAUGGUGGCCGGUCAGCAGGCUGCAAUGGCAGUCUUUCAUGCUGCAUUGUCUUUCCUCGUGCUGAGCGAACC